AAUAAGCCAACAUGGCGGCAGACAUCAUGAGAAACUUCCUCGUCCAGGCCCCGACUCCAGCCUUCUUCCCCCUGAUUUUCCAAUACUCUCCAUGCAAGGAAGACGAAGAUGUGGAGAUGCUAGAGGAAAAGCCAGAGGUGAGGGGGGAUGAGGAAGAAAGAGAGGUAGAGGAAGAGGAGGAGGAGGAGGAGGAGGAUAUAGAGUCUGAGGCUCAGGAGGAAGAGGAGGAAUGUUUGGAGGAGGGGUUUUUAAAUUCUGCCCACUUUGCUUUGGAUGUGACCAAGCAGCUGCUCAGGUUUGCAGAUCUCAUCAGCCGGGACAUCCAGCGGUACUUUGGUCGCUGCUCUGGUGAUCAAGAAGCUUGUGACAUCUACAGCGACUCGGUCUCCGUCACAACCAGCGGGCGUCUGCGUUACUAUGACGACCUGCUGAAAAUCGCAAGAGCGGGAACUCCAGAGGAGCAAGAAAACAGCCUGGUGACUUGUGCUGAUGAUCAAGGAGUCAGGGUUUCUAAGGGCAACAGCAGUUUGGGGCCCCUGGCUGAAUUGUUCAACCACAGGGUCCCGAGUCAGGGCCGCAACCGACCAAUGAUCAAGCGGCAUCUCCCACUCAGUUUCUGGACUGAGCCAGUCCCCUACUGCUCUCUGGUUGGUUUCAGCAAGACACCUGUCGUCACACACACAAACAGUGACACACCUUCGCAGGACAGCCCACACACAGACGCUAGCACACACAUGCACUACAGCCCACUCCCACAUCACAACACACACACCCUUGACAGCACUCAGCCGGACUUCAGUGAUUUGCUGGCAAACUGGGAUCCAAACCCGGAGCUCACACACACACUGACGGAGAACACGCACAUGCAGCAUUAA